CAUUUCUUUUUUAUUGCAUUUAGGAUUGUUGUGUCAUCCGUUACAUUAGGCGACGCUUUGAUUUUUUUGCAUCCUACUUCGAUAUAUUUUUUAAAAAAUAUGAAAUAGAUGUUAUUCUCCCACCGAGUUUCCGAGAUUGUGUUGGUGGAGGAACAAUCGAGACACUUGCCCCAGCCCCAGCCUGGUGUGGAGCAUUCCUUUUCAAAGCGACAAUUCUUGGUUUCUUCCCUGUCCUCCUCACAGACCCCAGCGUUUCUCCUGAACCGCUCGCUGUUUAUUCACCUUUCCCACCCCACUGGAGUGAAAGGCGGCUGGGACCCUCGUGCUGUAGGUAAAACAUGCCUACUGAUCAGCUACACCACCAAUGCAUUCCCUGGAGAGUACAUUCCAACAGUAUUUGACAACUAUUCAGCUAAUGUUAUGGUGGAUGGGAAACCAGUGAACUUGGGACUCUGGGAUACAGCAGGUCAGGAAGAUUAUGACCGACUCCGACCUCUCUCUUAUCCACAGACGGAUGUGUUUUUGAUCUGCUUUUCUCUUGUGAGCCCAGCAUCCUUUGAAAACGUCAGGGCAAAGUGGUAUCCAGAGGUACGGCAUCAUUGUCCAAACACACCAAUAAUCCUGGUAGGAACAAAGCUAGAUUUGCGGGAUGAUAAGGACACCAUUGAAAGGCUAAGAGAUAAAAAGCUGGCUCCCAUUACCUAUCCGCAGGGGCUGGCUAUGGCCAGAGAGAUAGGUGCUGUAAAGUACCUGGAGUGCUCUGCUCUCACUCAGCGAGGUUUGAAAACUGUCUUUGAUGAAGCGAUUCGAGCUGUGCUGUGCCCACCACCUGUGAAAAAACGUCGAAAGAAGUGCACUGUUUUUUAGGAAGACACCACGCAGGAAAUCAUACCUUCAUAACACAAUCUGCUGGUAUUUUAUCCAAAUCAUGACCCUGUGUGGUAUGAGACUGCAGAAGAGAGUGUUCUUCUUUGUGUCGCCUCUCUCUUGAGUUGGAGCAGUUAGCCUUGAGAGUUAAGUCCUGAAGUCAGUAAUUAUUCUGUUAGCGUGUGUUGGAUUUUAUGUGAGGCAAUGUGGCUGUCUUCAUGGGUGGACCCCAUCAUAUUUUGUUAAGCUGCAGUAUCCCCUCUUUUAGUAGCUCCUAUCCAGCUCAAGACUAAAUG